GAAAAUAAAACCCUGUCGACGGAAGUGCUAUGUGUCGCAGCGGAGGCAUAAACCACUCAGGGUGAUUCACCAACUUCCUUUUUACUGUGGCCGCCAUAGCGAGUGGAGCGUGGUCCCCGGCGAGCCGAAAACUAAUCAUUUAAAAUGGCCUGUGCCCGACCGUUGAUCUCGGUUUACUCCGAGAAAGGAGAAUCGGCAGGCAAGAAUGUUGUCAUGCCUGCUGUGUUCAAGGCUCCAAUUCGCCCUGAUGUUGUGAAUUUUGUUCACACCAACAUGCGCAAGAACAGCCGCCAGCCAUAUGCAGUCAGCGAACUGGCAGGUCACCAGACCAGCGCUGAGUCCUGGGGUACAGGAAGAGCUGUGGCUCGUAUCCCUCGUGUGAGAGGUGGUGGUACUCACCGCUCAGGCCAGGGUGCCUUUGGAAAUAUGUGCCGCGGAGGUCGUAUGUUUGCUCCCACCAAGACUUGGCGCCGCUGGCACCGCAGGAUCAACACAACCCAGAAGCGCUAUGCUAUCUGCUCUGCAGUGGCUGCUUCUGCCAUCCCUGCACUUGUGAUGUCCAAAGGACACCGCAUUGAGGAAAUCCCCGAGGUCCCACUGGUGGUCGAGGACAAAGUUGAGGGCUACAAGAAGACCAAGGAGGCUGUGCUGCUGCUGAAGAAGCUCAAAGCCUGGAACGACAUCAAGAAGGUGUACGCCUCUCAGCGCAUGCGUGCUGGUAAGGGUAAGAUGAGAAAUCGCAGACGCAUUCAGCGUAGAGGACCCUGCAUCAUCUACAACCAAGACGCUGGAGUCACCAAAGCUUUCAGAAAUAUCCCAGGCAUCACUCUGCAGAACGUGAACAAGCUGAACCUCCUGAGGCUUGCCCCCGGUGGUCACGUUGGACGCUUCUGCAUCUGGACAGAGAGUGCUUUCCGCAAGCUGGACGAGCUGUACGGCACCUGGCGCAAACCUGCUUCCCUGAAGAUCGGCUACAACCUGCCCAUGCACAAGAUGACCAACACAGACCUGAGCAGGAUCCUGAAGAGUGAAGAGAUCCAGAAAGCACUUCGUACACCUAACAAGAAGAUCAACCGCAGAGUACUGAAGAAGAAUGCACAAGAUAACCAACACAGACCCGAGCAGGAUCCUGAGGAGCGAGAAGAUCCAGGGAGAACUUUGCACACCCAGUUAAAUCAGCUGCAGAGUACUGAAGGAGAAUCCUCUGAGGGACUUUGAGGGUGAAGCCUUACGCCAAGACAGCAAAAGGUCAUGCCAUCCUCAAACAUGACUCUGCUGUAAGAUGGUAAAACUGACUGUGACAUGUUUGCCAAGAGGAAUCCUGGAAAAGAGCAGCACCUGCCAAAUCCAAGGCAUCAAUCUACUAAUCUCUAAGACGGUGUUCGUUAAUAAAUAAAUCAGCUGGUACAAAUGAA